AUGCAGGAACGGCACGAUCUGGUGCGAGAGUUGGUCGCCGUGGGCCAGGAACGCGGUUUCGUGACCAUCGACCAGGUCAUUGAGCACCUCACCACGGACCUCGAGUCCGACGACAUGGCCUUGGUGCUGCAGGAGAUCGAGAGCCAAGGCAUCGAGGUAGAAGGAACCGCCGACCAAUUCGAGGCCGAGAGCCGCCCGCACCCCCCGCUACGCGUGAUCUCCGAGGCGGAGGUCCACCCCGCCGGGGAGGAAACCGACCAGGGACAGGAUCUGGUGCGGACGUAUCUGCGCCAGAUGAGCCGCGUCCCGCUGCUCACGCGCGAAGGCGAAGUGGCCAUAGCGAAGCGGAUCGAGCGUGGCGAGCGGCGCAUCAUGAAGGCCUUGUCGCAGAACCUGGUCGUGGUGCGCCAUGUCCUCGAGCUGGCCCGACAACUCAAGACCGAAGAGCGGGAGUUGCGUGAGGUCGUCGUACUACCCGACCAGGAUCUGACGGAACAGCAGGUAGCCAACCGGACGAUCUGGCUGCUCGACGAGAUCGCCUGCGUGGCGGCGCUGCACAAGGAGCUGUUGACCCGCCAGAACCGGGCCGCAGCUACCCGGCGGCGGUACGGCCGGAUCAUGCCGCGCACCGGCAAGCGCCUGCUCCGGGCGCGGGUGGCGGUGGCGCGCGCGGUGCGCUCCAUCGAGUUCACUCCGAACGUGCGGCAGGAAUUUUCGAAUCGUCUCGAUGCGGCUAUCGCCACGCUGCGGCAGGCUGAGCGGCGCGUCGAGAUUCUGGGCCGGACGGCGCCCGCCGCCGCGCCGGGAGCGGAAUCCGAACAGCAGCGGGCGGUGCGCCUGAAUCUCGAGGAGCACCAGCGGGCGAUCGGCGAGACACCCGAGUAUCUCUCGCGGACCCAGCGGGCGAUCAACCGCGGAGCGCGGAAGGCCGACUGGGCGCGCAAGGAGUUGACCGAGGCCAACCUGCGGCUCGUGGUGUCGGUGGCCAAGAAGUACGCCAACCGCGGACUCGCCUUCCUCGAUCUGAUCCAGGAAGGGAACAUCGGCCUGAUGCGUGCAGUCGACAAAUUCGACUAUCGCCGCGGAUUCAAGUUUUCCACGUACGCCACGUGGUGGAUCCGCCAGGCAAUCACGCGCGCGAUUGCCGACCAGGCCCGGACCAUCCGCAUCCCGACGCUGAUGCGGGAUCUCGGGCGCGAGCCGACCGUCCGCGAGCUGGCGGAGCGGUCCGACCUCCCGAUUGCCGUUGUGCGCAAGGCCCGCCGCAUCGCCCAGACGGUCGUGUCGCUCGAUUCGCCCAUCGGCGACGGCGAGGAAAGCCAGUUCGGCGACUUCAUCGAGGACCGUCAGGCGGUCAAUCCGUCGGAAUCGACCAUCGCCUUCGAUCUCCGCCGGCAGACCGAAUCGGUGCUCGAUACGCUGACCCCCAAGGAGCGGGAAGUCAUCCGCAUGCGGUUCGGCUGA